UUUGUGUCAGAAAACAAUGGCAAGCCUGUUCAAAAUUUGUUUGAAAUUUCUCACACUCCUUUGCCUGCAUCCCCUUCAUGUGUUAUGCAGAGAAACCUCACAAAGUUUACCGUUCUGCGACUACAACCAAACUAACCGGAGAGAUUUAAUCUUGGUUAACACUCUGGAUGGCAAGAUUACUGCACUAGACCCGGAAGAUGAUGGAGCCACUGUGUGGAAAAUGUCAACCAGUCCAGGUCACAUGUUGUCUUCAAGUAUCCAUCAGCUCAAAUUGUACAAUCACGGAAACCCUGUGGAGGUCAUCCCAUCGUUAAGUGGCAGUUUAUACAAGUACAAUGGGAAGAAUGUCGAACCAAUCCCUGUAGCUGUGAGUAGUUUGUUGAAAUCAUCUUAUCAGUACACUGAUCGCUAUUCUGGAAGCGAGGAAAGUCGACAAAUGGGAGUUGUCGCUGACACGGGUGAAUUGCUGUACGAGUGCUCUGCAGACAGAUGUGGGAACUACACUUACUCAGGUAACCAAACAUUAGUCGACAUACUCGAAAUUCGUCGUUUCACUCAGACUGUGAGAGGGUUUAAGCCCCGCUCUGGCGAAGAAAGAUGGAAUUUCAGCGUUGCUCAAAUUGACAUCAAAUUGUUGCCUGAUCCAUCAGGGACAACUCAAUGCAUUUUAGAGGAUACUAUCACUGAGAAUUCAACCGAUAAUUUCCAUUUCAAAGCUGUCGUCCCAGAAGGCAUUGUCUGUGCUGUAAAUAAGGUUAACUCUGAAGAACUUUUGUGGAAACAUCAGUUUGAUUCGCCAGUGGUCAGCAUGUGGAGUUUGCGUAAUGGCAAACUCGAGCGCAUUGAUUUAUUUGAGGAUUCCCUAUCACUUUAUUUAGGUACGUAUAAAGAACAGUGGUACAUCCAGGAAAGUUCAUUACUCCAAGCAGCUGUGAAGGACACCCGUUAUCAAUCUCAAAUUGUCUCGGUAGGUGCAGGUUAUACAAAGAUAACCCUGCAACCUGUUGCUCCUGACUCUCAAUUAGUUGAGUUCAAUUCAGUCCUGGGAAUCAGCGACCAGUCCUCCUCCACAGCUUUGUCUGUUCUGUAUGCUCCGGAUAUGCGUCUCAAUAAGAGUGGAUUUUAUGCUUUCUCUCAGGAACUACCGAAAAGUAGCUCGAAAUCAUCAGACAAUGUCAGUAACCUGGCAAUCAUCACAGAGGAAUAUUGUGAUGAAGAGGAAGAUGUGGAAUUUUUGACAGAAGAUGAUCCAGUGGUCCAAAUAAUUAUCGUUUCUAUUUGGUACUGGUGGAAAGAAAUAGCGCUCAUCAGUUUGGCCACGGCAGUUGCCAUAAACUUCAUUAUUAAUUGGCAGUGCAUGCACCGAUUAUUUUUCCGGUAUUUACUCUCUGAUUUUUCUUUUAGACCUCAAAAUAAUACAAGCAUAUUACCAAUAAUUCACAAGCAAGACUCAACUGCUCCUAUUGAAUCGCCACCAAAAACAAUGAGUUUACCAGCUGAGCAUUAUGUUUCUCGUUAUUUAACUGAUUUUGACCCCAUUCAUUGUCUUGGUAAAGGUGGAUUUGGAGUUGUUUUUGAAGCUAAAAACAAAAUUGAUGAUUGUCACUAUGCCAUCAAACGCAUACCAUUACCAAAUAAACAAGAAUCUCGAGAUCGGGUCAUGCGUGAAGUGAAAGCUUUAGCCAAAUUGGAUCAUCGUCACAUUGUCCGCUAUUUCAAUGCAUGGGUUGAAUGCCCACCUGUAGGUUGGCAAGAGAGCCAAGAUGAAGUUUUAUGCAACAAAGAAAACUAUUUGAAAACCUUUGGUGACGCUUUAUCAAUUGAUAUGGAAAGCAGUUAUCCUCAACCAAAACCUAAAAAAAACAAGAAGAAUCUGAAACAACGGAAAAAAAACAAAAAAGAGUGGUUACCAACAAUUAGCAAUAAGAUUUAUGAUACUAGUAGUGAAUCAUCCUUGCGAGUAAGGAACGAUAAAAGUGAUUCGUUUAUUGUUUUCGAGACCUCUGCAAAAGAUGAUUCCAGCUUUGACAAGAAGGAAAAAAUUAAAUCCAAUCAUUCAUUGUCAAUUGUAACAGAAGAUGAUACUGAUGUAAAAAGACUGAUUAGUAAGAAAAAAAUUGAGGACUCAAAUGUAAAUAUUGUAAAUAAAUCAUCAAAAAUUUUCUUGUACAUACAAAUGCAAUUGUGCCGCAAAGAGUCGCUGCGAGAGUGGUUGCAUGAAAAUACUGAACCACGCAAUCCGGAGGUGGUGCUCGACAUAUUCGAGCAGAUAGUUCAAGCUGUCGAAUAUGUGCAUUUAGAAGGACUAAUUCAUAGAGACCUAAAACCCUCCAACAUUUUUUUCUCUCCGAAUGGAGAAAUAAAAAUCGGAGACUUUGGCCUGGUGACAGCUAUGGAUGGAAGCUUUCCUGAUGGACAAGCCAGCGGAGGGAACAGGUACUUUGAUGAGAGACACACUGCCAUGGUCGGGACUCAACUGUACAUGAGUCCAGAGCAAGUUCAUGGUAAUCCUUAUAACUACAAGGUUGAUAUCUAUUCAUUAGGUCUAAUUCUCUUCGAACUUCUAAUCCCUUUUUCUACUCAGAUGGAACGAUGGAAAGUAAUGACAAAUUUAAGGCGCAAUGUUUUUCCUAAAGAUUUUAGAUCUAAAUUCAAGAAAGAGUAUAACAUAUUGAAUUUAAUGCUGUCUCAUUCACCAGAAGAGCGUCCGACAACAAUUGGUAUUCGUGCAUUGUAUAUAAAUAAGCCGAAAGCUGAAGGAUUCAAAAGUAAUGAACCAGAAAACUGGUAUUUUCAACUUCCUGCAAAGCGACGCACUCAUUCCUUCAAUCACAGCUCCUCCAAUUCUGAAAAUUCUGGUGCAGAACUAAAUGAAUUUCCCAGUGAUCCUGUUGUGACUUAAUUUUUGAAGGAAGCUGCCUGCAAAUGAAACUCUUCUCUAAUUCAUGGAUUUUUUCUUUUUAAUGCUGAUGUCCACUUACAUAUCUAUUUAUAAUUAUGGGAGAACUUAGAAGGAGGAAAGGCACCUUUUCUGGCAUCUUUCCAUUGGCAUGUUCUCCUAGCAGCUUCUGAAAUGGAUCAAGGACAGAGUUUUAUCUUUAUGGCUCUUCUUGAGCGAGACUUGGUAAUUCCUCAAAAUGUUCUCCAGUUAAUCUAAUUAUGUUUUUGUGUCUCAUCUCCUUGAAUUAUAUUGAAUUAAGCGUAAUUAAAUGCAGUAUUAAUUUGUAAAUUUAGGAAAUAGGACAAGAUGAACUGUAAGAAAAAUUCUUAUGAGGAUUAAAAUCUGUUUGUAUUGUUGCCGCAAUGUUAACAUGCAGGUGAAUUUUUCAUCCAACCAAGUGUGUUUUCAAUUGAGUUAAGUGGAUUGAAUUGUGAAGUAAGAAUAGUAUUUAUGAUUGAAAACUAUUUCAUGUCUGCUGGAGGCUUUUGAACCCUUAAAAUGAUUCAGUCUUCUCGUACAAUGUUGACUCUAAAAACCAUGUCAUAGUAAUACUAUUGUUGUGUUGUCAAAGGAGCAUGAUGCCCCUUCUGAUUACCAUUGUCAAUACUUACAUUACCCUACUUAUCCUAGUCUCAAGAAAAAGCUUUAGACAAUAUGUAGCAACCCAGCAAUGUUGAAUGAACACUAUAUUUAUUCAAAGUCCUUAUUUUAUAAUGCUUCACCUUCAUUUGAGUUACAUAAGGUGAAGCUUGUUAUUUUUACUCUGCGGAUUCCCACUUUUUUGAGACAUGAUUGAUUUUGAAUUUUAUUCAUGUUAUUUUAAAACAAUUGGAUUGACAGGGAGUGUGUUCUUCACUCAAGAGUGUAUAAUCAAUUUUGAAAGUUAAAGAACUCACUAAUCAUGACAAAGGUAUGGCAGAUCAAAGCUGUGCUUUUUGAUUGAUGUUAUUGAUAAAUGAAUCUAGGUACUUUUACCUUGUGUAUUCUUUACUAUCAGUUUCUUUAACACUAAAAUUUGAAAUUGUUCUCUUUAAAUUUUUUUCCUUUGGAUCCGAAUUUUUGAAGACAGUUAAAGUAAAACUCAAAAAUCAAACCGCUUUUAAUGCGUGAAUUGAAAUAUAAUGCCCUGUCUUGUCAUUUUUGUUCUCAAUAUCUUAUAAUCAAGGCACAUCAUUGCAGCAAGCUUUAUGAUUCUAGUCCAUGCUAUGAAAAAAGAGCAGAUGAAGGGUAGAGUGUAGUGAAAGGCUCGGCCUCUUAUUAAAGGAUUGUUUGGUUUUGGUGAGCUUGGGUCGUUUGAAUAAGCCAAA